AUGCCAACUUUAUUCCAUAGAUAUAAUGAAUUAUUGAAAAGACGUCCAUGGAUAAUGAAUUCCAUUGGAUGUGGAUUAUUUUUCACUUUAGGAGAUUAUGUAGCACAAUCAUUAUUUCCUAAAGAACCUAAUCAACCAAUAGAUCGCAAGAGAAUAAUUCGAGCAGGUAUUUAUGGAUCUUGUUUCUUUGCUCCGAUUAGUGUUCUAUGGCAUGGUAAAACAUUACCAAAGAUCAAAAAUCCUUUCAUUAAUAUAUUUCAUAGACAAAAAAUGAAAGAAGUUCCUCAUAUGAAACAAAAAAUUCAUUUUUAUGAUACUGUUUUUAGAAUGGGUAUUGAUCAAUUGAUAUUUCCUGGGUUAGUAUGGAUCCCUUUAUAUAAUACAGUCAUGGUUAUUUUAGCAGGUAGAGAAGAUCCAUUUCUGGUUAUUCAAGAUAAAUUAUAUAAUAAUUGGUGGAGAGUUUUAAGUGCAAAUUGGACAGUUUGGCCAGGUUUCCAAUUAUUUAAUUUAUUUUUCAUUCCUGUUCAUUUAAGAAUUGUUGCUCAAAAUAUUUGGGCUACUGGUUGGAAUACUUUCUUGAGUUUUGUUCAUAAUACUAAAGGUCAUGGUCAUGGUAGUGGUCAUAUAUUGGAAGAAAUUGUGGAUAUAGAAGAUGAAGAUCAAGAGUUUUACAUGUUCUAUGAUUGA